AUGAAAAGGGAAAGGAAAAAAUUAUAAAAAAGGGAGCCUGUAGCCGGAUUCGAACCGGCGGCCUUCUGCUUACAAGGCAGAUGCACUAACCACUGUGCUAUACAGGCUAUGGAGCCUGUAGCCGGAUUCGAACCGGCGGCCUUCUGCUUACAAGGCAGAUGCACUAACCACUGUGCUAUACAGGCUAUGUGA